AGUGUUAUGCACCGUCGUCAGAACCCUUUAGAAUCAAAUUUUUGUAGGUCUGUGUGUUAGUCUUUUUAAUUUUGUGACCCACUGAAUUAGUUCGAGAGGAGUGUCGGUAGUAGUACGUGUUCUAUCCACGAUGGUGUAUGUGCAGGCAACAAUGGCAACAGAUUCAGACAGUGUGUAUGAAUUAGUCACACAACUCUGUGAGAAGAUUAUGAAAGAACAUAUCCCUUCACAUUCUUUGGAGCACCACGGCUCCAACAAAAUUGUGAAGGGUUUGCGAGCUCUUUCAUAUGCAGUCCUGUUGAACAAGUCUUACACAUCAUGCCCCCAUUUUGCAGACAGUGAGGAAUGGGAUGCAGUGUCUCAGAUCUUGGCAUAUUCAUACACACUACAUCAGCAUCACUUGACUGUCCAAGCUGUGAAGCUGUACAACCUCAUGAAUAGUCUGGUGGAUACUGGUUGGGGUACGAAUGCUACUUUGCGCUUUCUAGCAAGUCUUGCAGGGGAGGUGCAAAUCUGUCCACAGAACACAAAUAUGAGGAUGACCCUAUCUUCAAAAGACAGGGAUGUAUCAGUCAAAGGCCACAGUGUGAACAUCCCAAUGCUGGAAAUUCCAACAAGCAUGAGGCCAUACCAAGAGUUUCCUCCUGAAAUGUUUGAACCCCCCCUCACACAGGACAUACAGAUGAACAGUACAAACUUUCCUUUCACCCAGGAGCCUGGGGUGGGCUUGUCACUGCUUGGCACAUUUGCAGGACCAAUAAAGCUGAAGCAGCACCCAAAGGAGUCGCUUAACAUUCCCGAUCUCACAAAGCCACGUGAUCUGGUGAUACCAAAAGAGGCACUCUCUGAGGAACAACAGUUCAAGGACGAGGGCUACAUUUCCCCCAGUCCACAGAACACCAUGACUGCAAGCUAUGUGAACAAUGGAGAUCAGCCCUGGGGAAUCGAAGUAUGGGAGAUGGCACUUGCAGCAGAUCUGCCAGUGCGACGGACAUGGGAAGCAGUUGGUUGCCUGGAUCCACUGAAAGAAAAACCAUUCCUCACAGAGUCAGGAGUGGACUGUGUUCAGAAAUUUUGGACAGUCUCGAGGAGAUUCACGAAUAUGUCUUUGGCUGAGUGCAUGGGCCUGAGGAACAUAAGUUGCAAACAGUUGAUACAGGAUCUAAAGCUGCUGUUAAUUGGAGUGCCAUCACAAACUUUCCAGUACAACCAGGAAGAAAAUGGGUUUGUCAUGAACAGCAAUACAUGUGUGGAGGGAUUGACUCCAGAAACACUGCACUCAUUCUGUGACGACUUCCUUAUCAGUGGCAUGUGCUGCCUGCGCCUGAGGAAGCUCGUGGAUCACAACUUGGUGCCUGGUAGUCAUAUGCAGGAAGGACUUAUGUUCCAGGCUCUGUGUGGAAGUGUGCGUUCCUACCUGCAGUUCUAUCGUGCAGCCGUAAUGAAGUUAUCAGAGAAGCUAGUGCUGACAGAUCUUCGUCUACAGGUUGAUAGCCUGAAAAUUCAGAUUACUUCUUUGGGUCACCUGUACAAAGUGCAUCCUAACAUGAACCAACAAUAUGCCACCUUGCCUGAAGGAGUUGGACUUCUGUCUUACUUAUACAAGGAGCUAUGCAAGGUGACAAGGAAAGAUGUUGCCUGCAUACUUUAUUCUGCUCUGCAGGCAUGUUGUCAAGUGUAUUUCAGCUUUUUACAGAAGUGGAUGUUUGAAGGAUUGUGCCAGGAUGCAUACACUGAAUUCUUCAUACAGGAACAGCCUGACCUCAUGACCUGUCGCCAGCGGGAUUACUGGAGCCAUGGGUAUUACAUGUUGGAAGAGGCUGUACCAGGCUUCUUGCGAGGACUGGAGUCUGCCAUCUUUGAGUGUGGGAAAGCUGUGAACCUUCUCAAAUUAUGCAACCCACAGGAUCCACUAUGUGUUGUGCUACAGAAUGGCUACCCAAACAUGCAUUGUUGUCUGCACAGUGCUGAUCUUCAAAAGCUGGAAGCUGAAUGUCUCAGUUACCAAAGCAGAGCCAUGGUUUUUUGUGGGCAGCCACUUGACCUGAGCUGCUUUUUCCAGUGCAUGAAGGAAGAUGAUUCAUUGCAGGAUGCAGCUCGGGUUACUCAGCAAGCAACACUUCAGAGGCUCAAGUUGGAGCAUGACAUGAAAGCGUCCCAGGCUCUUGCCGAGAAACAGUCCCAGCUUGCUAUGCUGAAAGAGCAAAUGGAAAUGGCAGAAGCACACAAGGCAGCCAAGAAAAAGCAGCAGAUGGAAGAAGAUGAACGACGUGCACAAGAGGAGGCAGAACUAGAACAGGAGACAGCGAGAAGGAUGGAGUUUGAGAAAGCUGAUUUGGUGCGCUAUUAUUCCUCUCUCUCUGAAGUCGCAGAGAAGUGCCGCCAGCGUGCAGAGUGGCGAAUUAAGCAUAUGAACCUGCAAGAACAACGACUGGACCUAAUGUCAAAUGAUACUGAACCUGUAACAACCAUAAGAAGUCCUAACAACAAUGAGGACCUACAGGACAUCAACAGCAACUUGUCCAACAUGAAUGUCCUUAACAAAAUGGAUCCUGAAGACACAGGCAACAACAAUGUUGACACUCAGAAUAACACAGAAACAAUGAACACAUUCAUCACAAAUUACAAAAUGAAGUUAAGUGAUGUACAGAGCCACACAGAGGCAAGUGACAGAGAAAUCAAUGUUGAUACAAAUAGCUAUUUUGAUGUGUGUUUGACACAGUGCCAUGAUAACAAGACUGACAGUGAAAUGUUGCCAUCUUGUGCAAACACUGUUGAAGGGGUCACAGAUAACGAGAGCAACAAGGUGGAACAGAACAAACUAAGAGAUGAGCAAAUGGUUGAGGUGGUGCUGGAGCCACAAAUCUCUCCUACAAAUGUUGCAGAGAGUGUGAACAGCAAUACAUUGUCUGGAACAACCAUUGCAGAAUCAGAAAGCCACACUACAUUGCCAACAGACAGCAAGUCAUCUGUCAUAAAUGUAGACACACCCAUAUCGACAAACGGAAAAUUGUCUGUAACAGACACAGGGACAGAUCAGAGGUUCAUUUGUAGACUGCAGAUGUCUCUAGAGGAUGUGCCCCUUGUAAAUAUUACUGACAGCGUCAUUCACCCCAUGAAGAACUCAACGUCAGUGUCAGCAGUGGAUGUUGAUAGUGCUGACAUGUCUUCCAUUAAUGUCAUUUUGCGGAAGUCCAUCCUCAUUCCACUGAAGAUUCAGACCAGUUUAGUAAACAGUGCUCUGCUCAAGUUCUUUCUGCAAGGGGAGGAGCUGCUUUCACACCUGCACAGCCUGCGCAAUUACUUCUUUCUAUUGGAUGGAGAUUUUGGAUCGAACAUCACAAGCAUGUUGUUUGAGCGCAUGUACCAGGUGAUGCGCCCUGUGGAUCUGUUGAACUGUGUCACACUUAACUCCAUCCUGUCUAAAGCUGUGAUGCACCCAGACCCCAACUCAGACAAGCUGAGUUUUGGAGUGAAGUAUGUUCCACCUCGGUUCUCAUUUUCUUCACCACUCUUGCUGGACUGCAUCACGUUGCAGUACAAGGUGGCCUGGCCCAUCAACAUCAUUUUCACUGAUGCAGCUCUCCGCAAGUAUGAUGAUAUCUUCGGGUACUUGCUGAGGCUACGCCAUAUCUCCUGGGUAUUGGAGGGGGAUUUCCGUCGUCUGAAGAAGGAAGCUAAAGACAGACCAGGGCUACUGCGCUCCCCACAGUAUCAUCGUUUGCAGCUGUAUCGCCACGAGAUGAUGCAUUUUAUGCACACGCUUCAGAACUACGUGACUGCUACUGUGCUGCAGGGCAGCUGGGUUGAAUUAUUUCAAAACCUCCAGAAUGCACGCACACUUGAUGAUCUUUACCGGAUGCAUACUGCCUAUGUCAAGAUGGUGCUCUUCAGGUGCCUGUUGAACAAGCAGUCUGCCUCCAUACAGAAGUCAUUGCUGGAUGCAAUGAGGAUGAUACUCAAGUUCCACGCACAGAUUCAUUCCAAAGCUUGGCAGUACAGUUCAGUCACGUCUCAAUAUGAGCAUCCCAGAUUCAGUACCCUGGUUCAGAUCUAUACUUGUUUUCAUGACAUAGCUACCUUCAUCUUCAGAUUUGCCUCAAAGCUUGCAAACACUGGCUACCAGCCAUGUCUUAAUGAUCUCUUGCUCAUGCUAAACAUAAAUGGAUUUUACCCAGAGCAUUGCUAGAAGGUAUGCGCUUCGUAUCUUAUCUAGCAGAAUCUCUUUACAAAUAUGGUCUGGUAAACAAAUGAACUGACAGUCAAAAUGAAGGUGCUCAGCAGGCUGAAUAAUAGUUUUUAUGAAAUAUUCUCAAAAAGAACAAUAACCUUUGCCCUCCAGCUUUGUGUCUGAUGGCUUUAGUUACAGUCUUUAUGGCAUGUAUGCAGUUUCACUCCAACACAGUUUUUUAAUUGUGAUAAAUAUUGUUGUGUGCAUUUGCAAUCACAUGAUAUGCUGUGACAUGCAUGCACAUAGUUGCUUAGGCGUGGUCAUUCAUCUUUGUCUGCAGCUAUAGACCACACAGCAUCCCAAAUAACAUUCUGUCUUCUUAAGUUUGAGCAACCAAUCAAAUUAAAAGUUAAAAGUGACUGUGUUAUGAGCAAAUAUAGAAGCAGUGACAAAAAUGCUACCGGUGGUAAGAAAUGGGUAUCUGUUAACUUUGAGGAAAAAUUAGAUAUGAUUAAGAGGUACAGAUGUAAUGAACACAUCGCUGGCAUAGCCAAUGCCAAGGGACUCCCCAGUCAAGUUCAAGAGCCAUAAAGAAACAAGCUGAGAAAAUUAAGGAAAGCUGUAAAAGUGCAAUGAGAAUGAUGACUAGUAAGGUCACUCAAGAGCGGCCUCUGUAGUCUAGAGGUAAUGUUCCCACCUCAUGACUCGUAGUAUGCGGGUUCAAAUACCCGGCGGAG